AUGGAGGAUAAUCAACAGAAGGACAUUCUGCGUAGAUAUAUCCGUUCGGUCCUGUUAUUUGAUCCAGCCAAUGUUGCCAUGGGUAUUCCUGCAUCUCCUGCCGCCAGCGAUACUCCAUUGACAUACGAUACGUUUGCGUCGAUUGUCAGCAGCUAUUACGACUACGAGCCCUCUUUAAUCGACUAUCUUGAAUCACCCACCAUGGAUAACUUUACCGAGGACGAGGAGGUGUAUAACGCUCUUGCCUAUACGCCUGCCAGUGCGAGGGGCCCAACUUCGACCUCAGACCGCAUCCCAGCUGAGACUUUUUCGAAGAUCACAGAGCCAUCUGAAGUAUUCGACCACUCGAUGAUCCCUAUCGUGAAUAUCAGCCCGGGGCUUUAUCACAGCGACUACGUGCGCGCUAUUCAAGGUGGUGCAUUUCCAAAUGCCCGUGUAGCAAAACUAUCGCUGUUGUCGUCUUUGAAGUAUACAAGAUUCAGAGAACCCUUUUAGAAAGUCAGAUCGUGAAAGGGAUGGAGAAUCAGAGGCAGGUGUCGUUCCAUGUUUGGAGGGACUUCAAUCAUUGCGCCCACUGGGACGAACCAGAGAGAUUUACUCGGUUACUCGCCGCUGUCAUUUGAUUAUACUGACAUCUUUGCGCGGCGUCCAUAUCCAAUACCACUUACGGAAACUCGUUAUAUGGGGAGUCGUUGUGGUUCAAUAUAUAUCUAUAUGAUGCACUCUGAG